CAACUUCCAACAUAUUUGAAGAAGCUCCAUCAUCACUGACAUUCUUAAAAAGGAUCUUAGCUUAAACCUCUCUGCCUACUUUCCCUCCUCACAUAAACUCUUCUUCUACCCAAACCAAUUCCUGGCUUCCGGGUCAUGCCCGCACUCACUACUAGCUUCUAUUCUCGAUGUCGGGCUUUCUGAACGACGAGCUAUCCAAGCGGACGACUGUGUUCGGGUUGAGAUUAUGGGUCGUACUGGGAUUCUGUUUGGGAGCGGCGUUUGUUCUUCUUCUCUUCAUCAUCUCUGUGUGGCUAACGUCCAGGCGCAAUGUCAAGAAAAAGAUCACCUCCGUUCUCCCCCACGCAAUCCCCGCCGUUUCCAAAGAGAUCCAGGAGAUUCGGGUCGACCCGCCGUCUCGGGCCAUGUCUGAAAAUCCGAAGAAUUCAGUGGAUACCGCCCACGACCCGGUGCCCGAGCCCGAAUAUUUAGGGAAAGAUACUCAGAAAUCUGGCGGGGAUAGGAUGAUUCACGGAGGAAAUGGAAAGGGUCGCAGAAGCUCGUAUUCGGAGCGGGUGGGUUCGUGUGACGGGAGCGAGAAGCUCGGGUCGGGUGAUCAGCCAGUGCCCGAAGUGUCACAUUUGGGGUGGGGUCAUUGGUACACUCUCAGAGAGCUCGAAGUGUCCACAAAUGGGUUUUCUGUUGAAAACGUGAUAGGUGAAGGUGGCUAUGGAAUCGUUUACUAUGGUGUUCUUGAAGAUAAUACGAUAAUUGCUGUGAAGAAUUUGCUCAAUAACAGGGGGCAAGCUGAGAAGGAGUUUAAGGUUGAAGUAGAAGCUAUCGGGCGGAUCAGGCACAAGAAUUUGGUGAGGUUGCUUGGUUUUUGUGUGGAAGGUGCUCAUAGGAUGCUUGUUUAUGAGUAUGUCGACAAUGGAAACUUGGAGCAAUGGCUUCAUGGAGAUGUAGGGCCCCACAGCCCUCUAACCUGGGAAAUCCGGAUGAAUAUUGUUCUUGGAGUGGCUAAAGGGUUGAGCUAUUUGCAUGAUGGGCUCGAGCCUAAAGUUAUUCACAGGGACAUCAAAUCAAGCAAUAUUUUGCUUGAUAAGCAAUGGAAUCCAAAGCUAUCUGACUUUGGCUUGGCCAAACUCUUGGGUUCUGAGAAGAGUUACAUCACCACUCGGGUCAUGGGAACGUUUGGGUCUGUAAUUGCUUGCUUUCUUCAGCUAGAGAAGGGCAGAUGAGUUGGAAUGCUUGCAUAAAUUUCAUCAUUUUAUAUGUGCAGCUAUGUUGCUCCAGAAUAUGCUAGUACUGGCAUGUUAAACGAACGAAGUGAUGUGUAUAGUUUUGGAAUCCUUCUUAUGGAGAUGAUUACCGGGAGAAACCCAGUUGAUUAUAGUCGCCCUCCUGGAGAGGUGAACCUAGUUGAAUGGCUUAAAAAUAUGGUUUCAAACCGAAAUGCAGAGGGGCUUUCGGAUCCCAAGUUACAAGAGAAACCUUGUUCAAGGGCAUUGAAACGCAUCCUUUUGGUUGCCCUACGUUGUGUGGACCCCAAUGCUCAGAAGAGGCCAAAGAUGGCUCAUGUUUUACACAUGCUUGAAGCCGAUGAUUUUCCUUACCGUGAGGACCGAAGAUCCAUCGGUAGAGACCUAACAAGACCUCAUCAUCAUCGUGAGGAUUCUGAAAGCACGAUUGGCAAGCGGGCCGGUGAAGAAUCAAUAGGAACAGCAAGCCCCAUAUCUGCCUGAUCUGAACCAGAUUGGUUGCCCCCUCCCUCCCUCCCACACUGCUUCUUCUGCCAUUCAGUGUAAAUAUGGUUCCCUUUUGCACUUGAGAGUUUUGAUGCAUCUGUAUUGUCCUCUUGUAAGUUUUGUAGCAUGUUAGGUAACUCAUCCAUAAACCUUCCUUAUUACUUCUAUAAUAUAUUGACGGUUACAAGAAUGUGCCUUUUUGUUACCAGGCCUGUAAUUUACAUAAUGGUUUUUAUAUUUUUUUUAAUUGUAAAAGUUCCUGAAAUUUUAUUAUUGCUAUUUACGCA